ACGUACUUUUCGUUUAAUAUAAUAUUAACUUAACCGUAUCAGAUCAAUAUGUCAAAUAUUGCAGCACUGGAGACUUCGCCCAAAUUCAAGAUCCAGUCCGUGGCCGAUAUAACGCUCGAGGUUUUCGACGUGCUCCAGGCAAAUCGAGCAAAAUCGUUGGAAUCUAGAGAUAUUAAGGGUUCACAGGCGCACAGGCGAUAUAAAUCGACACCUAAUGUGGCUGUGCAGAAGAACAUAGCAGAUGAAGCACCAGAGAUCGGGUGGCCGUCUACGCCUGAAAUUAUGCGACGAUAUAAAUCGAUGCCUAAUAUGGCUGUGCGAUCUAACUCCGCAAGCGAUGUACCCGAUAUCAAGUUACCUUCCGUCGCAUCCGUGGUGGAGUUGCAAGUUUCGACAGAUUCGCCGUCCACUGAGUUGUCAGGAACGACACCUGCCACUGCAGAAGGUAGCGAGAUCGAGGCGCCGUCAAACAUCUCGUCAUCUUUGCCACAUGAUCGGCCGGUUGAAGCCGAAGUGCUGCAAUCAAGUCCGAUGCACAACAUGGCAGCUCUGCAGUUUGACGGUGCCGAGUCUAAAAGCUGUUCGACGAAACCAUCAGUCCACCAGGCAAAUAGUAUCCAGGAUAUGGUGGUAACCCGCGGCGGCCGCAUUAACGCAGUCACGAACUCGACGGUAACCGCGGUAAUUCCCAAACGCCGCUCUCUGUGGAGCCGGACGAAGAGAUUCGUCCGGCGAAUGGUUUGUUGCGGCGCUAUAUCAGCAUAGACCGCAAUGUAUAGUGUAUUUAUGCAUGUUCAUCCCGAGUUUUCUCCACACUUUUGUAUCCGGUCGUUGUGUAUGCCAGUCAAAAUCCGUUUACUUACGUCAUUGUACGCGUUCAUUCAGAGUUCGCUUCCGACGUUUGAACGUUUCCCCAAGUCAAACGCGCUGUACUGACUUUGGUUACCGUCAAAAUCGCUGUGGAAAUGUACGGUCAAUACUGCUGCCCUCCGCUCCUAUAUGUUUAAGUAAAUAAAUUAUACCGAUCAAUUAUUAUAAAUGAUUACUAUACUGCCGUAUAUUUUGUAUAAUCGGAUAACCUAUAUUAUAUGUAAGUUUACACGAAUAAACGUUUUUGUUUUGUUAUUUAUUUGGUAUUUAUUUGAUAUUAUUAUUAACGCUGGUGUAAAAAUUAACUUAUAAGGCUUGUGGAUAAUAUGUUUUCUAUAUUGUACAGGUAAACUUUCGGUUUUUCUUUACUCGUGUAUAAAUCUCACGAGGAACCUUGUAUUGA